AUGGCUUUUAAGAUUGGAGUAUCAUACAUAGAGAUUUUUGGUGACUCAAAAUUGAUAAUCAAUCAGUACGGUAUCCCUCAUCGAAUUGUGAUAAAUAAUGAGAGGCAGUUCUCCAAUGGCUUGAUGGACCAGUUGUGCGAGAAAUUCAAGUUUAAGCAGUACAAGUCAUCUAUGUACAACGGUGCUGCAAAUGGGUUGGCAGAGGCAUUCAACAACACGUUGUGUAACCUGCUGAAGAAAAUUGACUCUAAGUCAAGGAGGGAUUGGCAAGAAAAGAUUGAUGAGGCAUUGUGGGCUUAUCGAACCACUCAUCGUACUCCUACAGGAGUUACAUUAUACUCUCUUAUUUAA